GGAGAGAUGCGGGGAGUCGGAGGCCCGUUGCUCACCGUCAGCGAUCUCCUCAGCGACCUCGCCGUCGACGGAGCCGACGACCACCUCGACGGCGGGGGCGGAGACGCAUCUGUACCCUCAUCCCCGUUGGCAGUGCAGCAGGUGGAGGAGGCCGACCCGUCCCACCUCCAACGGCUCUUCGAGGAAGACUAUGACAAUUUGAUGAAGUCAUUACAGGAGAAUGACCCUUCAUGGCCCUCCUUGAUGCUGAAGUUGUGCACAGCGUUGAAGACCUCAGAUAAGCUGCUGAGCUGCGCGAAGGCGAAGGCGCAACAGCUGCUGGAGAAGGUGGAGGCCCUGGAGCAAGUGCUAGAGAAGGGAGAUCGCACGGUGGGAGCGAUUUUGGAGGGUCUCCAGAAUGCGCAACUUAAGGGUGAUAGCAGGACUUUGAAAUCAAAUGCACCUAGCAAGUAGUGUUGCGCUGUUGCAGCUGUUGUGUUUGGUUUAUGUAAACCAGGAGGGUUGUCACUGUCUUUUUGAGGUAAAAAGGGCUACGCGUUGGUAUCUUCAUGAGUUUGGACAGUGCGUGUAUGCUUUAUGUCUCGGCAUUGUUGGAAUUUCGGUGUUCCACUGUCAUAGAAUUGGUGAAACGACCCAUUUGCUUGUCA